AUGUUUGCCGAUGAUACCAAGUGCUACCGUCCGGUGAAAGAUUUACCCGAUUGCGAAAGUCUGCAGAAUGAUCUCAAUAAUCUCGUGAACUGGUGUACUAUCUGGAAGAUGGACUUAAAUAAGUCUAAAUGCGGAGUAAUGAGCUUCACAAGAAGUCGCCAACCAGUCACAACAAAUUAUAAACUACUGGAUAGUUCUCUGAGGCAACUAUGUCAUCAAAAAGACCUUGGGAUUGUUGUCACAAAAGAUCUCAAGUGGACGAAACAGGUUGAAGAAAUAACAUCAAAAGCGAGCUCAAUGCUAGGCUUCAUUCGUCGAACAGCCUCCGACACUCAUAACAUCCACGUGCGAAAGGUGUUGUACCUGUCCUUAGUGCGCAGCAAGUUAGGAUAUGCCAGCCAGGUGUGGGCACCUCAAACUGUCAGCGACAUACUGUCAAUAGAACGGGUUCAACGUCGCGCGACCAAAUUCAUCCUUUCCCUUCCUUACAGAACAGCCACAACAUACAGGGAACGACUACUGGUUAUCGGUAUUCUCCCGGUCUGCUAUUGGCACGAAUUUCUAGACUUAGUUUUUCUUUACAAGAGUAUUCUAAGCAACGAUGUCAAUGUGUCAAUACGAACAACCACCCGGACGACUAGAAACGCUGACCCUGUCAAUGGUAUUCUUCUUAAUGUAUCUCGAUGCAGGACAGUUAGCUACAAGAACAAUUUCUAUGUGAGAGCGCCUAGCGUAUGGAACAUUCUCCCUAGCAAUAUUCGUGACACGUCAUGCAAGAUCAUUAGCUUACUUUAA